CGUUCAACCUAUCCUGCAAAGUUUGAAAGGAACACGAUGUCAAAGUUUUCUCCUCUGCUUCUUCUCUGUUUCUAUGUUUUAGCAGCUUUACCGUCCUUGAUAGAGUCAAGGUCGUUUACCAUAGAUUAUGAAAACAAUGUAUUUCUAAAAGACGGACAGCCAUUCCGCUAUAUUUCAGGGAGUGUGCAUUAUUUUCGUGUUCCUCGGUCUGAUUGGAAAGAUCGCCUUACGAAGUUGAAAUAUCUUGGUCUCAAUGCUGUUCAAACAUAUGUGGCUUGGAAUCUGCAUGAACCAGAACAAGGACAUUAUAAUUUUGAAGGGGGAAAUGACUUAGUAGAGUUUAUCAAUGUUGCUAAUUCCCUUCAACUUCUUGUUGUAUUGAGACCAGGGCCUUACAUCUGUGGGGAAUGGGACUUGGGAGGUUUACCAGGGUGGCUGUUAAGAAACAAAUCAAUCAUUCUUAGGUCGUCAAAAGAUCAAGGAUACAUCCAAGCUGUAGACAGAUGGAUGGGUGUCCUUCUCCCCAAGAUUGAACCGCUGCUUUAUAAAAAUGGUGGACCAAUUAUUUCUGUACAGGUUGAAAAUGAAUAUGGUAGCUACUAUACAUGUGACCAUGACUAUAUGAGUCACCUUGAAGCUCUUUUCCGUCAACAUCUUGGAAAUGACACCAUUCUAUUUACUACCGAUGGAUAUAGUGAGCAAAUGCUUAAAUGUGGAACCCUGCCCAGUCUGUUCACAACAGUUGACUUUGGAUCAGGAGUAGAUCCAUCCACACCAUUCAGCAUUCUAAGAAAGUAUCAACCCAAAGGCCCUCUAGUGAAUUCAGAAUUUUACCCAGGAUGGCUAGACCACUGGGGUGAGAAGCACCAAACUGUCAACACUGCUCAAGUAGCCAAAUACCUUGACCAAAUCCUGGCCUUAAAUGCAUCUGUCAACUUGUACAUGUUUGAAGGAGGAACAACAUUUGGAUUUAUGAAUGGUGCAAACUGUGGAUCCAAUGCAAGCCAGUUCCAACCACAACCCACAAGCUAUGACUAUGAUGCCCCUCUAAGUGAAGCUGGAGAUCCUACACAGAAAUAUUUUGUCUUGUUAGAAAUCAUUUCCAGAUACAUGGGAACACCAUCUGGGAUUUUACCACCACCAUCGCAGAAGUACUCUUAUGGUCAAGUUAACAUGACUAAGAUGAGCUAUCUCAUUGAUGUUGCUUCAAUUCUUUCACCUAUGGAGCCCGUCAAAGCUGUAUAUCCCCUGACAAUGGAACAGUUUGGACAAUACCAUGGCUUUGCACUUUAUCAAACAGAAAUCCCAAAACAAUAUCUCCAUAGUUCAGUAACAAUUGAUAUUCCUGGUGUACGAGAUAGAGCAAUAGUAUACGUUGGAAAGAUUCGUCAAGCAACUAUAUCAAGAACAGGCAAAACGUCAGCCACGCUAAUUAUUGGAGAAUUCCUCAGUCUUUCGAUUCUUAUAGAAAACAUGGGCCAUAUCAACUAUGGGCGUUUCCUUGUCGACCCGAAAGGCAUUCUGGGAAAUGUCACUAUCAACAAUGUAGCUCUUACCAAUUGGCAAAUGAGGCCUUUGAACUUAACUAACAUUCUGAGAUAUCAGCCAUAUCAUCUUGAAGUGUUGCCGUCAUCUGGUUUAAUCUCUUCUAAUGCGCCAACAUUCUUUACUGGUCAAAUCCCACCUGCAAGUGAUGGGAUUCCUAAAGACACUUUUCUGAAGCUCAAAAAUUGGAAUAAGGGACAAGUGUUUAUAAAUGGCUUCAAUCUGGGUCGAUACUGGACAUCUGCAGGACCACAAGAAACAUUGUAUGUCCCUGCGUCGUUGCUGUACGCAAGUCAACCCAGUAAAAUUGUAAUGCUAGAGCUGGACGAUAAUCCAUGUGACUAUCCUGACACUUGUUUUGUCACAUUUCAAGACACUCCUAUAAUAGAUGGUCCUGUAAAGCCAUUACUCCAUGGCAGACGUGUUGUUCCUAAGCCAGUCGAGCAAUGGAUUUCCAAAUACACACAGGAGCUGCACGCGGAGGACAGUAAAGUCGAUGCUUCUCUCAGGAAAUAUAUUGAGGGUGUUCAUCGAAAAGUUGUUUGACGUCGUCUUAUUAUUAGACUCAUGAAAUGUACUUUUUCUACAUUAUCUGUGAAACAUUGAAAAUGUUUCCAAAAAUGUAAUUAAAUCACUGCUGUUUACUACAGGCCAAUGCAUUUUACAAUAAGAUAUCAUUCAAAUUGCUCAAAACUAAGAUGGAUUCCUACAGUUUUUCGCGGCACGUAUUUUAAUUUUCCGUCAGUUUCGAAGUGAAAGCAAAAUCUUCUAGUCUCCUUUCGCAGCCCACCCUUUUAGGGACAGGAAACCAGAUAAAAGUGUAGGCUGCGAUACUGGAAAACUCCUUGUAUUUCAUUGCUUGAAAAGCGGCAGUUUGAUUGUUAAUUAAUCUACACUAAAGUACAUUGUGAUAUAAAAAUGGCGGGUUGGAGUUUUUUAACAAAUUUUUUGUAAUUAUUUUUGCACACCUUUCACUUUUCUCAAAAUCUCAAAAUACAAAAAAAAUAACUAAAAAUAAUAAAAAUAGAAUAAUAAUGAAAUAAUAAUAAACUGUUUAUUAUAAGGAGUCCAUGGCUGGUAAAAAUCAAGCAGAUUGUAACGAAGGAUAUUUGAGAUAUUUGAUAUCUAGAUAUCUACAAACUGAGAAUUUUGUCGCAAGUCGUAUCCUACUCAGCUCGACUGUGAAGUGCUAGGCAACUUCAAAACAAAUAUUGGACAUAAUAUCUCAUAAUUUCUGAUAUAUUUUAUAUAUACUUGGAAUAUGGAUCAAAUUGAACAUAAUUUCUGCAUGUUGCUGUGUACUCAUUUAUACACUCAAUCAUGUAGUAGAGCUCUGUCCUUGUCACAACAAUAGGCAAUGUACAGCAAGGCAUGAUGGUAGUUGUAGAAGUCAUACUUAUUAGAGACCCUAAAAUAUCUCCCUAAGAGCUGUUUUUACAUUUUCUCAGUAGAAACGGUAGAACUACUAUUUUUGCUUAGAAAAACAAAAACUGCUAAGGAGGACUGUUGUAGUGGAGAGGACUGCAGCUACAAUCAUGCUUUGUUGCACAAAAUGACGUCGUUGCAAAUUGCCUWUUCAGCACUUGCUGUGUGCGAGUAGUCCGGUCAGUUUACGUUACCAUAGAAACAAAGCAAAUACACAGGACACAUGCAUUGAGUUGUUUCGUUUUGUUUAAUUUGUUAACAAAAAUUGUUUAACACUUCAGUAACGUAUAACCCCCAUGUAGCUAGAAAUAAAGUAAAGACUUGUAUAAUGUAAAAAAAAUCGCUUCUUGUUGCCAUUAUCUUGUUACAUUAAGGUAAAUUAUUGAUUUUA